AUGAUGCAUGAUGACUCUUGGGUUGAGCUCUGCGAAAUUUCGGAAUCGGUUGUUGGCACAGAAUCCAAGAAAGAAGUUGCUGUUCAUCUGUUCCAGCCGAAUUGCGGAUCCAUCGUUGCUUCAGCAGUCUCGGUUCGUGCAAGCUCGGAAUGCAACAAUUCUGUUGUAUGCAUACACCCUGUUUUGUACGACUUUCUGCACCAAAGUGUUGGGGCAAUUCAAGAUGCUGAAAACGGCGAUUCAGAUUGUGUUAUGGGGAGUAUUCGCCCAAAAGUUGAAAUGAUUCCACUACCAAUGGAACCGCCUUUGCCACGAGAAGCUGAUGGCCUCGAAACAAAACUCUUUUGGAACAUGGAGAUAUUGGAAAUUGUAAAUGCAACAGAUCAAUGCACACUCGAGCUUUGUUGCGUUUUCAUAGGAGAUGACAUAUCCCGACGAAUUGAGAGGGGUUCCAUACACCGAGAAUCCUUCUUUAAAAGUCACCUUCAAGGACGCCUUGUUAGAAAGAAGUCUGUCUUGUUGAUAUCAACGUGCUUUGGAUACGCAUUUUUUUCAGUUUCAAAUGUCGAGGUAUCUGCCCAAAUCUCGAAUGAUGUCGUAUAUAGACUUGGCUCCCCUGGUAGCAUUUUUUUGAGAAUAGAGAACAUGCCAAUUUUCAAAGCAAACGAGAAAUUACGGGCUUCCACGCCGAUAAGUUAUCACCAAGGUAUCCCAGGUUAUGACGUCGAACUGAACGAAAUCAUGGCGACUCUUUGUAUCACCAAGAGAAAUAUUGCACCUGCAGCAAUCCUCAUCGCUGGACCAAGUGGUGUUGGAAAGAGUCGACUUUGCAGCUGUAUUGCUCAUCGCUUUGAACAGAAUGGCCAUCGGGUUUCAAAGAUAUCUGUGCAAGAUCUUGUAUUUCGGGCAAAUACCACGACGGACCUGUACAAAGAAUCCAUCGAGCCAAGUCUGCAAGGAUGCCAGCUGUGUGUUUUGGACGAUCUACAUCUGUUAGAGACAGGCGACGAUGACGACACCUCAAGAGAUAUAGAGUACACGAUUGUCCAAAACUGUAUUGCUACCCUCAUUGACAAAUUCUCAAACCAAUGCCGGAUUAUGGGUAUAUCACAGGUGCCGUCAAAGCUGCCAACGGAAUUAACAAAGAUAAAUAGACUGGAAAGAGUAUUCCAUAUCAAUCCUCCAACACAGGAACAGAGAGAGAUGAUUUGGAUGGAUCUGUUAGAGGACGAAGACCGUUCAAAAACGACCGAGAAAUGGUCAAAAGCUUUAGCUUCUUCCACUGCUGGAUGUGUGGCUGCUGACCUUCACCAAAUCUAUCAGGAUGCCAGCACUCGUCGAGUGACUUUAUCCGACCAAGAUCAAACUAGAAGCGAUAGAUGGCGCUGUCUGCGAGACGCUUCGCACACUUGCAUCCCUUCCCAAUUGUCGGACUUGGAUGUUGUAAAGCCCAAACUUGAAGACGGGGAUGACGGUUGGAGUGAUUUUGCAGCCUACUCACAAGCGAGGGCACACGUCAUGAGAAAUGUUGUCUUGCCCUGGCGGAUUUUUCUCCGACAAAUGGACCAACCUGAAGAAACACGCGAGGCAUGGAUACAACCUCCACCUGGUGUGCUAUUUCACGGGCCAUCUGGUUGUGGCAAAACCCAAGCAGCACGUUGUCUAGCUGCCUCGCUGAACCUCCCGACGAUUCAAGUGCGGGCAGCAGAUGUAUUGGACAAAUGGCUCGGAGGCUCAGAGGCAUUAUUGCGAUCACUUUUUGCGCGGGCAAGAGCCGCUUCUCCGUGCGUGUUGUUUCUCGAUGAAAUAGAUGCUAUUGCCAUCAACCGUGAAGAAGAUGACACGCAGAAUCUAUCGUCCAGGAUUUUAUCUACUUUAUUGAAUGAGAUGGAUGGAGUUUCGAGUUCAAUAACGACAAGCAGGGUUUUAGUUAUCGCGUGUACAAAUCGACUGCAAGCUUUAGAUUCUGCUCUCCUUCGCCCUGGAAGGCUACAAGAACACUUUCACCUUGACCUUCCCAACACUGAAGAGCUACUAGAAAUCUUGACGCUCAGGACAAAGAAUAUCCCUCUAGCUAGUGACGUCACUCUCGCUGACAUCGCUCGAGGGCUAUACAAGCAUGGGGGAACAGGGGCAGAUGUUGAAGGCUUGUGUCGUGAAGCAUGCUUGAUAGCACUGCAAAACUCUGAAUUCGGAGAUGAGGUAUACAUCGGGAUGGAGCACAUACUUCACGCAAUGAGGGAAAUAAGGCAUUCAAAGUGA